AUCGCUGCCGCUGUGAGCUAGCGAGGAAGGAAGGGAGAGACGGAGCGACAGGGAGAGACAUGACAGCUAGUCCCGGCGCCUCCGACUCCAGGCAGUCCCCGGGCACCGUGUGAGCGCACGCCACCGCACACUCAGCACAGCCACCACCUCUCUCCUGCAGCAGCUGCAAGCAUGACCGCGGAGGGAUACCAGUACCGGGCCCUCUUCCCUUACAAGAAGGAGCGUGAGGAGGACAUUGAUCUGCGGGUGGGCGACAUUCUGACCGUCAGCCGCGGCUCCCUGCAGAACCUGGGCUUAGGGGAGGGCGUGGAGGCCCGGCCCGAACAGAUCGGCUGGCUCAGUGGCUUCAACGAGAACACGGGCGAGAGGGGCGAUUUCCCCGGGACCUACGUGGAAUAUAUCGGUCGGAAGAAGAUCAGCCCGCCGACCCCCAAGCCUCGGCCCCCGAGACCCCUGCCUGUGGCCCCCGGGGGCAGCCGCGGGGAGGCUGGGGCGGAAUCGCAGGCUUUCACGCUUCCUGAUCUAACAGAGCAGUUCUCACCGCCAGAGACCGCACCACCAGUCCUUAUCAAGCUGGUAGAGACUAUUGAAAGAAAAGGCUUGGAGUCGUCAAUAUUGUACAGAUCCCAGGGUUCCAGCAGCCUGUCUGAGCUCCGGCAAAUCCUUGAAUAUGAUUCUGCUGCAGCUGAUCUUGAGCCCCUGGAUUUACCAACUUUGAGUGAUGCACUACAGAGAUACCUUUUGGAUCUCCCAAACCCCGUCAUUCCAGCGGUCACAUACAAUGAGAUGCUGUCUGCUGUAAGAGAAUCCUUAACUUCUGACGACCAUGCACAACUGCUGAGGAAAAUCAUCCAGUCUGCAAAUGUGCCUCACCAGUACUGGCUCACCCUCCAGUACCUGCUGAAACACUUCUUUCAACUUUGUCAGAGUUCCGGCAAAAACCUACUGACUGCAAAGUUACUGGCGGAAAUCUUUAGCCCAUUUCUCUUCAGAACCCAGCUAUUAAGCUCGGACAGCCCAGAGUACAGCACCCAAAUUCUGGAAGUUCUGAUCGCCAGUGAAUGGAAUGAGCAGCAAGCAGCACCAGCACUGCCUCCAAAGCCGCCCAAAUCUACUGCUGUAACCAACAACGGUACCAAUCACAAUAUGUCUCUGCAAGAUGCUGAAUGGUACUGGGGCGAUAUAUCAAGGGAGGAGGUAAAUGAGAAACUUCGUGAUACCACUGAUGGUACCUUCUUGGUACGAGAUGCAUCUACAAAAAUGCAUGGGGACUACACGCUUACACUAAGGAAAGGGGGAAAUAACAAACUAAUAAAAAUCUUUCACCGAGAAGGAAAAUAUGGCUUUUCUGAUCCUUUGACUUUUAACUCGGUGGUCGAACUUAUCAUCCACUACCGGAAUGAGUCUCUGGCCCAGUACAACUCCAAACUAGACGUUAAACUCCUGUACCCAGUGUCUAAGUUACAACAGGAUCAAGUGGUGAAAGAAGACAAUAUUGAAGCUGUUGGGAAGAAGUUGCACGAGUAUAAUCUCCAGUUCCAGGAGAAAAAUCAGGAGUACGAUAGACUGUAUGAAGACUGCACUAGAACCUCUCAGGAAAUUCAAAUGAAAAGAACAGCCAUCGAAGCAUUUAAUGAAACAAUUAAAAUAUUUGAAGAACAGUGUCAGACACAGGAGAAGUACAGCAAGGAGUACAUAGAGAAAUUUAAACGUGAGGGGAAUGAGAAGGAGGUUCAGAGGAUCUUACACAAUUAUGAAAAGCUGAAGUCCCGAAUCAGUGAAAUUGUGGAUAGUAAGCGUAGACUGGAAGAAGACCUUAAGAAGCAGGCAACAGAAUAUCGCGAGAUUGACAAACGUAUGAAUAGUAUUAAGCCAGACCUGAUACAGCUGAGGAAGACCAGAGACCAGUACUUAAUGUGGUUGACGCAAAAAGGUGUACGACAGAAGAAGUUAAACGAAUGGCUGGGCAGCGACAACACAGAAGAUCAGUACUCCACGGUGGAAGAUGAGGAUUUACCCCAUCACGAUGAAAGGACAUGGAAUGUAGGAAACCUUAACAGAACCCAGGCCGAGAACCUGUUGCGUGGAAAACGAGAUGGAACAUUCCUUGUGCGGGAGAGCAGCAAGCAAGGGUGCUACGCGUGCUCUGUGCUAGCGGAUGGGGAGGUCAAACACUGCGUCAUAAACAAAACCCUAACAGGCUACGGAUUUGCAGAACCAUACAACUUGUACAGCUCUCUGAAAGAACUGGUGCUACAUUACCAACACACGUCUCUCGUACAGCACAAUGACUCUCUCAACGUCACACUAGCAUACCCAAUAUAUGCACAGCAGAGGCGAUGAACACCUGAUAAACUCUGGCGUCUAUUCCUACAUCGACACUGUUGAUGCCGGUUUCGGCAAGGAAUAAAUCCUAAAGCUCCCUCGUCCGCCUACUUCACAAGAUUGAGCUGCAGUAUCAAAGCUACUUUCAGAUGAGAUAAGAGCUUUCUUUCGCCAUGGAAGCAGGAGAUGAGUGUUAAGCUGUGAAUGUAUGUUUCUAAGCUAUCGUGCUUGCUUUGUAAGAACGAGAAGCACAGCGACAGAAAGAUAUGCUAUUAUAAAGCCUAUCUCCGGCCUAGGGUACCUCGAGGCCUUCACCAUGGUGCUUGUUUACGUUCUAUUGAAGCUUUACCAGCUUGAAUGUUGGUCACCGCAGAUCCAAGAAGCCAAGGUGUCUUUUUGUUAGUACAGUACUGUGUUCAGUUUUUUUGGGGGGGAGGGUUGGGGAGGAGUGGACCGUUCCGACAAGGCCUUUUGAGGACUCGUGGCAUAUUGCUCAGCGGAUCUACCCACACAGCCUUGCGGAUUGUUCCAUUUUCCCAAAAAUGUAAAACAAAAUAUGUAGCAGAAUGGCACUUUUUAAAAGAUAUUUGGACAAUGGAAUCUUAACGAGUCGUAUCAGCCACACAAAGUGUAUGCAGCAAAGUGCCAGGAAGUGUUUUACAAAGACUGAUCAUGAAACAAAAUUAAUUCUGUUAUAAGAACCUAUUUAAUGUGGACUGUGGCAGGAUAGAAAACAAUACAACAGUAUAUAUAUAAAAAUAUAUAUAUGUGUACAUAGCAAUGUGGGACUAGCUAUCAAAAUGGAACCUACCAAUACCGAACUGUCAACUUUUUAUUUUGCUGACUGCUGAAUCCUUAAUGCUAUGCAACAUCAAUUUUCUUUAAGCUGUUUUUGUUUGUCAUUUUAUACGUACCAAUAACAUACCUUUCUAUCCAUGAACUGUUACUUUUUGUUAUAGGUUUUUUGUUUUUUGUUUUUUUUUGUGUUUUACGCAAUGUGCAGUAUGUCUGAGGGGAUAGCUGAGGUGCAGAGUAACAUGGAGAUUUAAACUAGAGCUUAUUUUACCAUAAACCUUGUACAGAGUACUUGGCGUUAAGCCCAAGACUAAAGAAGAAGAAAAAAAAUAUUCAGAAAAUUCAUUACAGACAUUUGAUUGCAUCUUUGGGCAGUGCCUAACGAUCUGCAAAGCUGCUUUUUUUUUUUUUUUUUUUUUUUUUUUAAAGGAAAAAGACCUUUAAGAUAUAUAAAUAUAUAAAACCUAAUGAUUCAGAGUUUGACAGUGUUUUAUGUUUCGUUUUUAUUUUCAAAUGAUGGUACUUUGUAACGUGCUUAGGGCAUACUCAUCCUCUGCCCUUAACUGCUUCUGACUGGGUAGAAAGUUUGCACAAACUUCCUACCGUAGCCUCCAUUUGUGUUGACAACACCAUUUCAUUGCUGCAAUGGUUUUUAAAGAAACUUUGAAACGUGUUAAAAUUUAAAGAAAAAUAAAGCUCACGUGGGGACGGGGAGGGCAAAGAGGCAAAUUUGUACGUAUUUGGUUUUUACGUACUACACACCUGUUUGUACAAUUUUAGCAUCCAAUCUGGUUUCCAAAGGAGUUAAUGGAAUGAUUUGCAGAGGAGUGUGAAAUACUUACUGUUGGAUACAAUGUAAUCCAUCAGCGGUCAUAUAUGUACCUUUAUAGUUUUAUUAUUUUAGCACUUUUUACACAACUCUUACACAAGCCAAUCGUUUUACUUAUUAUAAGCUGGUAACUGGCUCUGGCCAUCAGUUAUAUGUAUUGUAUAGUAUUUGCAACUGCCUGCAUUGUAAUAUUAAUAUCCAUAUUGCCUAUUUGACUACCAUACAUUAGUCACUGUGCAUUGCUUUACCACCUAGAGCAGAGGUCAUCUGUAUUCUUCCUCCAAGUUUGUUGAAUUGUCAGCUGUGUCUGACCUGCAGCUAUCUGGAAAUUCUCAGGCUUGUGAGAUGAGCUUAUUACAGUACAAGGCGUAUUCUGAAUAUCAAACUUCAUUUCAUUUUGGAACUGUGAGUUUUCAGACUUUUUGUACUGUAGCUUCUGCAGGCUAUUGGUCCGUGUAGUGUUAAUGUUGUCACGUUAAACUUUAACAGCUAACUUUUACUGCAUCAGAAAUCUAACUGCUAAAUACUUACUGGAAAUCAUGCACCCGAUAAAUGUUAUUCUAUCACAUUGUUCCACAGCUAUUUGGUACUUUAUAAAUGUAAUUAUAGACAUUUGGAUAAUUUAAGGUUUUAAGACAAUUAUCUUUCAUAUGCAUUUCCCCCCCCUCCUGACGACUCCGGGAAAAGCAUUCUUUUCCCGAUCUAAGCCAUUUUUUUUUUUUUCUCUUGGUUGUAGUUUAUUUUAAUAUCAUACCAAUAAUAUUGCAUUAAGGUAAACGGAAGAGGAUUUAUUUUGAAGAGAAAAAAUAAGUUUAUGAAAUGCACAUGCACUAUUCAUCCAAUCUCUAAGGUACACCAUGCAGAUUUCUGAAGCACAACAAUGUUACCCUAGGUUCAACAGUGAGUUUGUAGCCUAAACGUAUAAGGUCUUUGGAAAAGAGUAGUGUUAAUGGGCUGUCUUGUGUGGAGGAGUGCAGACAUCCUUAUUUCAGUAGGGAAGUUGUUAAAGGACCACGAAGUCUAAAAUACAAUUUGAUUCAAAAUGAAAAAGGAUCUUCUCACAUUCGAAAAUAUGUUAAAGUCCCCGGAAAUCUAACAGUUAGAGAUCUGCAAGGACCCCAUAUUUUGGUUUCCCAAAACCACUUUCUGUGUUUUGAUAUCCAGUUUUGGCAAAACCACGCUCACAUGUUUGGAUAUUUUAUUUAUUUUUUAUUGAUAAUACCAGCUAAAAUCUAGUCAUUUUUGCAAUCCAAAACAUGAUAUUCGGUUUUAAAAUCCGAAUUCCAAACUGUGGGAAGAUCCGAAUCAAGUCUCUGUUCAGAUCUCCUUGGUAGAUCUGGACCAGGUUUUGGUUAGAAUCCACAAAAUUCAGGUGGGUUUGGUUUCCUGGAGAACCGAACUGCAUUCCACAUCUCCAUUACAUUUGCUGCUAUUUGCAAAGAGAAUCUGGCUUAUCUCCAUAUGGAAUUACUAAUCACGUGUUUUAAGGGGUAUAAGGAAUCUCGCUCCUAUUGUCACAGCAUUCUCUAACGUACAUGCAGCAUCUGUAGGUUAUCUGUAAUGUUUAAAAAGAAAUUUGUGGAUUGAAAUAUAUUUAUCAAGUUAUAUUUUAACUCUUAGUGCUCCUAUAACCUGUCAAAUACUUGUAACGUUAUAUGGUUAGCCUUUGGCCUUGUAAUCAGGGCUGAACUACAUUUCCUUCAUCGGUGCUGAGCUAUAAGCUGCUAACCAUGUUACAAGCAAUUAUUGGAGUGCUACUUCUUUUUCCCUACUGUAAGUUGUCAUUAAAACCCAGCUUACCCAAAAUACAAGACUUCCCUAUAUGAGGGGGGGGGGAGUUAACUUACACGUUAGUAAGAACUGAAGAUAUCAGAGUUGUGUGUUGUCAUAUUAUGGGCCAUUCAUUUCCAUGGGGCUACCAUUUUGUAUUUUCCCCUCAAUGGCCUUUGACGAGCUUCGAAAAGAAAAAAUUGCCCUGGUGGAGCCUAAUACAUGUCUGAUAUCUUCAGUUUUGGCAAGGACACAUUUGCAUAUGAUUGUUGCUCCCUCGUAGAAAUAAAGGCACUUAUAUUUUAGGUUUAUUUGCAUCACGCAGUUCGCAAUCUACUCUUCAAGUCUAGGUCUUUGUCUGCAGUUCUAUAACAUAGACCUGGUUAUACAUGGUAUUCUAUUCUGACUAAACGUCUCUUCAUGUGAAGUUCAGGAGCAGCUUUGUGCUCAUUGCCUGGCAGAGGCGAAAUAUGCCAAAUUUUAUACACUUACAGCUAUGUCCGUAAAUACACAUUAUUGUCACCAAACGACUGCAUUAGCUGCCGAUGUGCUGCUAUUUUAUUUUUUUUUCCGAUUUCAAAAGAAAAUUAUCUUCAAUGUUUAUACAACAUUAAAAAUGACUUUUUUUUGUUAAAUACCAUUAAUACUUUGAUCUUUUGUUGGGGGAGAAAAGGAUGGUUAGUAGUAACUUGCCUUUACAAGGCAAUUAAUAAAGUUGUGCCUCUGAAACUUUGAGCUAUAGCUUUGAUAAAGCUCUGUGUCUCGUUUUUAAGUUGCUUUAAAACAUUGUAUUAGACCUUCAAACAGAAUAAAGAUUGUUUUGAAAAUGA